UUGGCUGUCGGGCCGGCUGACGGCUGGGAGGCGGCGGCGGGACGGGGAAGAUGGCGGCGGCGGCGGAGGAGGCGGCGGCUGCGGCGGCGGCGGGGCGGCGCUGAGGAGGCCCGAGGCGGGCUGAGGAGUGGCGGGGCGGGCGGGCGGGGGCCCAUGUGUGGCGGCGGCCCCCCCCCGCCCCCCACUACCGGCGGCGGCCCCGGCCCCUUCGCAGCCAGGCGCCGCUGAGGCGGUUCCGCGGGCGGCAGAGCGAGCGCGGCCCCGGCCCGGUCGGCGGCAGGAUGAAGUUCGCCGAGCACCUCGCGGCGCACAUCACCCCCGAGUGGCGGAAGCAGUACAUCCAGUAUGAGGCUUUGAAAGAGAUGCUAUAUGCAGCUGUGGACCAGGCCCCUUCUAUAGAAGACACAGAUGAGGACACAGUGAAAAGGUGUUUUGCCACGUUUGAAGAGAAGUUCUUCCAGACCUGUGAGAAAGAACUUGCCAAAAUCAACAUUUUCUAUUCAGAAAAGCUUGCGGAAGCUCAGCGCAGGUUUACUACUCUUCGGACUGAGUUACAGUCAACUUUGGACGCACAGAAAGAAGCCAGUGGGGCUUCCACGCUGCAGCGGCGCAGAAAGCCGGUCUUCCACCUGUCCCACGAAGAGCGUGUCCAGCAUAGGAAUAUCAAAGACCUGAAAUUGGCCUUCAGCGAGCUCUACCUCAGCCUCAUCUUACUGCAGAACUAUCAGAACCUGAACUUCACCGGCUUCCGCAAAAUCUUAAAGAAGCAUGACAAGAACCUGGAGACGGCGCGGGGGGCAGAAUGGCGGGUGGCCGAGGUGGAGGUGGCACCCUUCUACACCUGCAAGAAGAUCAACCAGCUUAUCUCCGAAACAGAGGAAGUGGUGACCAAUGAGUUAGAAGAUGGAGACAGACAGAAGGCUAUGAAACGUUUGCGUGUUCCACCCUUAGGAGCAGCUCAGCCUGUACCAGCCUGGACUACAUUCAGGGUUGGAUUGUUCUGUGGGUUGUUCAUCGCGCUCAACGUCACCGUCAUACUUUCAGGUGUGGCUUUUAUAGAUGGACCAAAUGUGUGGCCACUGGUGAGAAUCUAUCGAGGUGGCUUUCUCCUGAUAGAAUUCCUCUUUCUCCUGGGUAUCAACACAUACGGCUGGAGACAGGCUGGAGUCAAUCACGUCCUCAUCUUCGAACUCAAUCCCCGCAGCAACUUGUCCCAUCAACAUCUCUUUGAGAUUGCUGGUUUCCUGGGGGUUUUGUGGUGCCUGAGCCUGCUGGCAUGUAUAUAUGGUAAAUUCACCUACAUCCCUAUGCAGGUGAAUCCGCUCAUCUUGUACGGCUUCAUGUUGCUUUUUCUCAUCAACCCUACCAAAACCUUAUAUUACAAGUCCCGUUUUUGGCUGCUUAAACUAUUGUUUCGAGUGUUCACUGCUCCCUUCCACAAGGUAGGCUUCGCAGAUUUCUGGCUGGCUGAUCAGCUCAACAGCCUGGUCGUGAUACUCAUGGAUCUGGAAUACAUGAUCUGCUUCUACAGCUUCGAGGUUCAGUGGGAGGACAAUGCUGGACUUCUGGCAAAUACAGAUAAUCAGAUUUGUUACAGCUACUCCUACGGAGUGAGAGCAGUUGUCCAGUGCAUCCCUGCUUGGUUGCGAUUCAUCCAGUGCCUGCGCCGUUACCGUGAUAACAAACGGGCCUUUCAUCUGGUUAACGCUGGAAAAUAUUCCACCACCUUCUUCGUGGUGACAUUUGCAGCCCUUUACAGCACUCACAAAGCUAAAAACCACAGCGACACCCAAGUGUUCUUCUACCUGUGGAUUAUCUUCUAUUUCAUCAGCUCUUGCUAUACCCUUAUUUGGGACCUGAAGAUGGACUGGGGUCUCUUUGACAAAAACGCUGGUGAAAAUACCUUUCUCCGAGAAGGAAUUGUCUACCCACAGAAAGCAUACUACUAUUGUGCCAUUGUAGAAGACGUGAUCCUGCGUUUUGCGUGGACCAUCCAGAUCUCCCUCACUUCCAUGCAAAUCUUUCCAUACGCUGGGGACAUCAUUUCUACUGUAUUUGCCCCACUUGAGGUAUUCCGGCGGUUUGUGUGGAACUUCUUCCGUCUGGAGAACGAGCACCUGAACAACUGCGGUGAGUUCCGUGCUGUGAGGGACAUCUCCGUGGCACCGCUCAACGCCGAUGACCUGACGCUCUUGGAUCAGAUGAUGGACCAGGAAGAUGGUGUACGAAACCGCCGCAAGAACAAACAGUGGAAACGCAGCCAGAGCGUGUCCUUGCGCAGACCUCGUCUUGCUUCACAGUCCAAGGCUUGCGACACUAAAGUAUUGAUAGAGGACCUAGCGAAUGAAGUGAACACAUGAGAUGGCCACGGUCUCUUAUUCCGCAUCCUUUGUUUUCUCGUUCAGUUCCCCUCUUCCCCAAGUAACCCGAUCUCUGGUACAGUUUCCAGCUGAAAACAGGAGAAAACACUGAACAUGUUUUCCGAGCUCUUCCAGACCAGAUCCUAUGGACUCCAACAAGCUCACUGUGUUUUAUUUCUUUUCUUCUGGGUUAAUUUUAAUGUUCUAUUUUAAAACAAAACAAAACAAACAAAAAAAUAAAAUAUUUUACUUUGCCAAUAAA